AUGCGCAGGUACACGGCCAUCAUGUACCCGCUGAAGCCGCGACUCGGACACACGGCCAUCGUGUGCCUCAUCGUGCUCGUCUGGGGCCUGAGCGUCGGGUUCGCCUUCCCCAUGCUCCUGUACUCGACGACGUACGUCCAGUACUUUGACAACGGGGACACGAGGACCGUGUGCUACCAGCAAUGGCCGGACGGGGCCACGGCCGGCAUCACCAGCGACGGCUACUCCAUCAGCUUCUACGACCAAAUGCGAGUAUACACGAUGUACUACAGCAGUAUAACAGUACCAGCAUUAUUGUGCCGAGCAUAUUCACGUUUACACGGUCCCAUCAUCGUUGACAAUAGAGCUCUUUUUUGCUUCCCUUUCCAAAUGGAAACUCACACUCGAUCGUACUGCAUCGCUCUGUUCUGCACCAACUACUUCGUGCCGGUCUUCAUCAUGGGCUACACGUACGUCAAGAUCAGCAUCGAGUUGUGGGGCAGUCAGCACAUCGGGGAGUGGACUCAGCGGCAAGUGGAUCUCAUUCGCAGCAAGCGCAAGAUUGUCAAGAUGCUGAUGCUGAUCGUGGCCGCGUUUUCCGUUUGCUGGCUCCCGUACCACCUCUACUUCCUGGUCACGUCUUUCAUGCCGCUCCUGUCCUACAAGCCCUUUGUGCAGGAAAUGUUCCUCGCCGUCUACUGGCUCGCCAUGUCCAAUUCCAUGUACAACCCCAUCAUCUACUGCUGGAUGAACCAGAGUUGUAAGUGCCCUGUUGAGUCGUCGAGUCGAGCCUGGGUCGACUAUACGGGAGCGGGUUGCUGGUUCCGGUCAUCAACGAAGAAACCUGACCUCUCCACGCAUCGGAUGCGAACUCAACCGGAUCCAAUUCCCCCCCAACGUCCCGUUGUUGACGAGAAUUGA